AUGUCUGCCGCACCCCCCAAGAUCCGCCAACUGCCCCCCGUCACUCCAGACGGCUCGGCCGCCUCGUUCCAGAUCCGCGACGAAGACCACACGCUGGGAAACGCCCUCCGUUAUUUGCUGAUGCGCAAUCCGGCCGUGGAAUUCUGCGGGUAUUCCAUCCCCCACCCCUCGGAACCGUUUCUGAAUCUGCGUGUGCAGACGUAUGGUGACAUCACUGCCAGCGACGCUUUGGCCCAGGGUCUGCAGGACUUGAUGGAUCUGUGUGACGUUGUGGAGGAUACGUUUACGCGUCGUAUCCAGGAGCUAUGA